ACUAUUCGUCACUCUUGACACGCUCUUACGCACGAAGACGAUGCCUUCCUAGGAUUUUAUCGUGGUGAGCUAUCUUAUCGGUCAGACGGGACCUCCGACCUCUGCACAAACAUAGAAAGCAUCGGGAGACCUUUAACAUCCGAUUCUCUCCCUCGUCGUUCGGCCAUUCGUCGGUCGACCAGCAACGGAAAUACUUAUUUAGCUGCACGCAGUGGACGCCGUACGUUCUCUCUCUCUCCACUUCCAUCUUUAUCUCUAAUCAAGUCGUCGAUCCGUACCCCAGGUUUAUCGCCCGGGUGGUCAUCACCGGGUAUUUUCGCUGCGGGAGAAAGAGCCCAGCCACCGCGACAACGGUCUCCGUAGAUCUCAUCUCCGUGCGAUUUAAGAUUUCUUUAAGUAGAACUUUCAAGGAGGUGACGAGAGAAGAGAAGAAAGCCACGAAGAAGAAAACAAGAGAUCUGGAAUAGUGUAGUGAUCGAUGCAAGGCCUGUUCAUUGUGAAAGUUCCUCUUUCCUGAUUCUUCAGUAUAAAUCGGUUGUCAAGAACGCGUACUAGCGGAUUUUUGUUUUCUGAUCGGCAAAACAACAAGGCGAGUUUCUAUAAAAUCCGCGUUGAGAGAUGAGGAUUGUGCGGUAGGAGUGUUCUUUGAGAGUUCGUAAAUUCUGGAACCGAAUAAGGAUUGCCGCCCCCAUGGAAAUGAUUGCCAAAGCAAUAUUGCUUUUUGCAAUCGUGUGCGCGACAACUACCGUGCAAGGAGAGAUUGCUAAGGACUCAACGCAGUGCGGCCGAACAAAAUGCAAGGUUCCGUCGGAAAGAAAAUUCAAAUAUCAUGAAGAUAUUCACUAUGUGUACGCGUAUUCCAUGGAUGUGAGUACAAAUCUGGGCUAUCAGUUGUCGUCUCCUUAUUCGAAAAACGAUUCAGCUCUGCACAUUGAUGCCACCCUGUCCGUACAUUUCAACAGUCCAUGCGAGGGCACUCUAAGAAUUCUGAAUGCCAGCAUCAGUCAUGAUCGCAAUGCGUAUAAUCCCGAGUUUCCGGAUCGCGCUGGCUCCGAGUUUAAGGCCAGCCUCGAGCGUCAUGAGCUGAGGUUUACCUUCGAUGAUGGAUUGAUUCACGAGCUGUGUCCGGAUCGGCAUGAGCCAAUUUGGGCAUUGAAUAUCAAACGGGGCGUCUUAUCGAUGCUGCAGAACAGUAUGCGACGCUUUGACGUAGACCAUCGUGGUGACGAGGUAGAUGUUCACGGGAGCUGCGAUACUCAUUAUCGCUUGUACGAAGCCAGGAAGACCAGUCUAAUUGUCAAGAAAAGUAAAUACCUGGCCGACUGCCAAAAUGGCCCCAAGUACUUCUCUAUCGUGCAAUCGAAUCCUUACCAAAGUCCGCGAAAACAACAUCAGCAACAUGGAUUGUACAAUUCGCGCAGCGAUUGCGAAAUCACGAUUGAUCAUAAUGUUUAUGAAAGAGUAGUAUGCGAUGAGAUGCGAAUACUUCAGCCGCUUUCCAAUGGCGACAAAGCUGGCGCCAGGACGGAAUCUCAAGCUAUCCUUCAGCUGGUUCAAGAAUUAACGGAAACAAAUUUCAGUUACGGAUUCGAAGAGGAUGAAGAUAACGAUGAUGAGGAAAAAGAUGAGGAUAACUUCGUACAAGGUGCACCUCGCAUGAAAAGGACGACAUUGUUGUAUGACCACGCGAAGACUCUGAAGACUAUGCACGGUGAACUGCGGACCUCUAGAGACUUGUUGAAACAUAUGUGCAGGCUUGGGAGCGCCGACGAGUUGCAGCAAAGGUUUUCUGAAAUAUUUACUAAUUUCAUUCAUUCGGCUCGCUUUCUGGAUUAUCCCUCGUUGUCGCAGCUAUUCAACAGAGCUAAUAGUAUUUGCAAAAAUGGAAAAAAGCACAUUGUCGCGGCACUGCCAUUUUUAAAUAGCAACGCCGCAGUGAAAGUGAUGAAUGAUCUUAUAAUCAAGAAAUAUGUCAACGAGGCGACCAUCAAUGAUUGGAUCGUUACCUUCGCUUUGUUUCCACAACCGGAUCAGGACACCAUUAAAGCUGUUUCAAAGCUACUAGACUUUCAGUAUCAAAUUCCUCACGUCCAGUUUAUUCUCAGCUAUUCUACUAUCGUUCAUACGUAUUGCAAACACAGCGAUGCUGAUUGCAUCAAUUUGGAGGAAGUAAAUGUGUUUCUAUCUCAUCUUCAACAGAAAAUCUCACAAGGUUGCGAGCCCCGUUUUCAUCCUCCUGCUACUAUAAAAGAAACGCUGGAAGCUUUGAAAGCUAUCGGCAACAUGGGACUUGAAACGAAGAGCUUGCGACAGGAACUGAAGAAAUGCAUCGACGACAUUGGAGGAUUCUUACCUAUGGAAGCUCGCAUUGCGGCCGUAGAUGCUCAUCGUAGGCUGCCGUCCUGCGAAGAGACACGGGAUGAAUUUUUCCUUGAUUAUUACCGUAACACGACAUUAGAUACGGAAAUCCGUAUUGCCUCUUAUCUACAGGUAAUGCGUUGCCCCGAUUACAAUGUUGUCAAAACUAUUAAGCACACUCUCAAAGUAGAAGAGGUCAAUCAAGUUGGUUCUUUCGUAUGGAGCCAUUUAACGAAUCUCUACAACUCCGCUUCACCUACCAGAGUCGAGAUUCAAAGUUUGCUAACGGAUCGAGAUAUCGACAACAAAUUCAACAGCGAUGUUAGAAAAUUCUCGCGUAAUUAUGAGAAUUCCUUCUUUUCCGAGGAAUAUAAUGUCGGUGUGAAUUAUCAAACGAAUCUGAUCUUCUCGCCAAAGUCAUAUAUGCCACGAUCGCUAACCUUCAAUGUGACCACCGAUUUCCUUGGUCGUUCUGUGAAUCUGCUUGAGAUCACCGCGCGAACGGAAGGCCUUGAGUAUUACGCUGAGACUCUCUUCGGUCCAGAUGGCAUCUACAGUAACGAACGAAUUUCGAAUCAUCUUCAAAAUUUCCUCAGACGUUUUCGAUCGGCAUCGGAGAAUAAUAAUUAUUGGGACGGUGUAAAACGGCUGCCGAAUAUUAUUGACAACAAUUUUGAUAAUCCGAAAAUAAGUCUCGGUUACAAGAUUUUCGGAAACGAAUUAAUGUUCACGAUGCUGGAUGGCGACAAACAAGUAAGGGCUGCACUGGCGAAUUUUAAUCCUUGGCAGAAAAUAAAAGAGUUCCUAGCUAUGCAAGAAAUUUUCUAUGAGAAGAGUGGAAUGUUCUUGGAUUCGUCUUACGUAGUACCGAUGGGGUCUGGUUUGCCUAUUCGUUUGGACCUCGCUGGUUCUGCCGCUUGUUAUUUUAAGAUCUCAAAAAUGUUCAAUGAUGCUCGACUUUCCGAUAAGGAAUUUCAACUUACUGCCAAUAUUGCUUCCAGUAUAAGUAUCGAUAUGAUGAGUACAAUGACCGUAGAUGCUUUUUACAAAUCCGCUGGGCUCAAGCUGCGAACAAACCUUUACUCUUCUGGCAUAAUGCAGCUUCAUCUGAAUUUAAACAAUACCCGUUUAGUGCAUGUGAGUCUGGGUUUACCGAAUCGCAAGAUCGAAAUGUUUUCGCUAGUUUCGGACGUUGCUCUUAUUAAAAGCAACGGUGGCGAUGUCCAGGAGAAACCAUUGGGUGUCUUGGUAGCCGAUCAGAAUAAUUCACGAUAUUCUGUAACUGUGCCCAAAAAUAUCGUCAGCAAUACAACUUGCAGCUGGGCCGCCUUGGACAGACUGAUAGGAUUAAAAAUGUGCGCAGAUUAUCAGUUUACAAACGUGACUAAGAAUCCUAAUGCUCCGUAUUUCGUUUUAAAUGGUCUCACGCUCUUCAAGGUUUCCUUAAUUAAAGCCGAUCCAACUGCUAAGAAUUAUGUGUUGGAGUAUAGCUGGAACAAAACCCAGGAUUAUAAUACGUUUAAAUUGAUGUUCGACACGCCUGGUUCUCAAGUGAAUAGAGAGAUAAGCGCUGUUAUUAAUUUUGACAUAAUAAAUAAUAAUGUCACUGCUCUAUUUCAUUCAGCUGGUAAUUCUUUGAUUGCUAAGGGUACAUAUAAACGUUCUGAAGAUGAGACUUUUAUAGAUAUUGGUUUUGAUAUUAAUGGUACGAAACAUUUGGACGCCAGUCUGGGUUAUUCAAGGAAGAAAUUCAAUCACGGUUAUACUUAUCAUCCUGUAGCCCAUCUAACUAUCAACAGCGAACGCGUUGCUGCUCUGUCAGGUACCAUCAGAAACGCACAGAAGAACAAUGUCUCUCAGUUCGAUAUAGACAUGACCUUCCAAACAAAACGAGUCUGGAGCAAAUUGGUCGGCUACAUUGUCAGGCGGAAUAUCAGCUUGGCCGGCGAUUUUCAGCUGGAUUAUCAAUUGCAACGUAUGCCGAAGAAGGAAACCCUUCAUCUGGAGGUUUCACUGUCUAAUCGCUCGUCGAGAACGCUAACGCAUAAGGCUGCCGAAAUAAAAUUGCACUCCACCGCUUAUCCGCAACUUAAUGCUGUUAUAAGCGCCUGGUACCAGCAAGCGCUUGGCCACUUGGAAAUUCACGCAGAAGUAAACUCCAAUCCGCAUCUUAAGGAUGAUCGACAUAAGCUCACGGCACAACUCAUAAUUUCCUACUCGAAGAUGUAUUUCCAGAAUCAAGGCACAAAAGUGUCCGCGCUGAUAUCUGUCACAAAACCUAUUCAGAAUUUGGAUCUUAAGAUGGGAGUCAAUCAUCAUGUCAUUGGCGCCGAAUCGAAAACUAAUUUGCUCAUAGGAUACGCGCCAGGCAAAGAGAUCAGUCUACUCGUCAAGAUUAUUAUGCCGCGCGGUUUGCUAUUCUCCAUGGAAGGUCACACAAACUUGACAAUCCCGAAUUUCAAUUCAAUGCUAAUUAAUGCACGCAUCAAUGAGCGUUCGCGAAACGAAUACGAUCUAGAGUUCUCUGGAACAUGGUUUAGCGGUCACAAUAUGACGGCGCGUGGCGCUUAUUUAGAUCGAUCGACGGCCGUCAUCGUCAAUCAUCAUCUAAAGAUGAUUAUUAAAUCGCCAAGCUUUGUUAGUCCGAUUUUGCUUAAUUGUCAUUUGUAUCAGAACCAUAGCGAUCUCAAAGUCAGUCUAUACGCCGAGCAGUUGGACUAUGAUAAGUAUGCUUUCGUGCUGAAUCACACGGUAUUAUCGGCGACCAGCUUGAUGUCUUUUGUGGAAGCGAGAUACCGUGGCAACGUGUACUCGGCGAUGACAAACGUCGACACUACGCGAGAAAUUCGUGUGGAACUACAUUUGGACAAAUGGCGAGACGUGCAUCUAACCCUGAGUGGAAUCAACGAGGAAAAUCGGCAAGAAUUUGCAGCAGAAAUUAAGUGGGACGCAAAUAGAGAUCCCGCCUUGAAAUUGGGUACGAUGUUUCAGCUAAACAGGGUAUAUCUGAUGGACGCAAUUUCUCCCGGGAUCAAGCGAAACGCAAUGGUAAUGUUGACCUACCCAGGUCGAUUGAUAACCGGCUCUUGUGACCUGAUCAUACGUAGUCCACACAAUUAUCUGGUGGAUGUUACUCUAAAUUGGAAUCCGGAAAAUGCGAUUAAGGCGUCGAUUGGUGCCGAUUAUAUCGUGCAGCCGGAAAUGAUAACAGUCAAAUUGGAAUCUCAACUGUUAACACCUUUUGAAAACUGGAAAAAGACCGCUCUGAAUGCAAAAUAUCUACAAUUGCCGAACAAGAUCCUAGCUAGCAGCAGUGCUCAUUGGAAAGAUUCUCAGCAUGUAAUGGCGGAGUUCUAUGCUAGCGCGAGUGAACACAAGGAUCUGAAAGAGUGGAUGGCGAACUGCGGCUUAAUCAGCACCGUUCACUCUAAUUCAUGGAUAACCAUGAACGUCACCCAUAAAGUAUUACGCUCGCAAACGGCGGACACACAUUUGUUAAUUAAGUACAACCCAGACAAGACAAUCGACGCGCGCAGUGUCUGGCACUUAGACAAGCAAUCGGACGAUGUGUUUAAUCUGACCGGAAAUCUACAUUUGUAUUUGCCUUUAAUAAAUUAUCAGAAGAACGAGCUCAAAUGCCAGCUGCGCCUCAUGAACAACUGGAAAUUCUUUGGUGCAGCCAAUCUUGAUGUGGAUAAACGUAAAUAUACCGGUCAACUGAUUGGCGAUCUUGUACGGUGGAAGGAGUCUAAGGUAGAGUUUAAUGUUACCACGCCGUUGGAGAAGUUUGCCUUUGUUCGUGGCAGAUUCGGCAUGUCGGAAAGCAAUCAUCAUGUAGUGGCAGAAGUUGUCACUCCGGGCGGUCCUCUAGGUGUUGAGGGAUUAUGCCAAAUCUUUACUGCCGCUUAUGAUUUCAAUGUCAAAUUCAUGCUGGCGACACCCCUUGAGGUGCUGCAGAAGGCACUGGUGGUAGCCAAGUUGAAUAGACGCGAGGCCGACUUCAGGAUUGGUUACAAUAACUUAACAGCGGGCUUCAUCGGUACUUGGCACUAUCACAACAUCACCGAUUUUGAUUACAGUUACAUAGUGUUCACGCCUCUCGAGGGUUUGCAAGAAUGCGGCGUGAUCACAAAGCUGAUCGUAACGACCCCGGAACCGGUGCAUAUGUUGAACGUAGAUACAGAAUUCUCGAUUAGAUUAGCGGAUACUAAGUUUGGUAUUAAAGUUAAGUGUGGAUCAAAACCACCUCCUGUUAAAAUACCACUGAAACCGGGGAUUAUAAGUUCCACCGAAUUAUUAGAAGAGGAGGAAGAAGAGGAAGAGGAAGAAGAGGAUGAAGAGGAUGAAGAGGGUCUCUAUUGGCGAGGAGAAUUGCAGAUAUGGCUUGCAAUAAUCCCAAAUAUAUUAGCCGAAUUAGAUAUCGAUACUGAAGAUGAUACUUAUAAGAUAUUAGGCAUAAUACAAUUUCCGCCUGAAAAAAUUGUUAUAGAGGACAGCUUUAGUAUGGAAGAUGUUUUUCAUAUAAAGAAUGAUCUGCACAUUGAUCUAACGUUCAGCAAUAUUAGAGAAAUAUCGUCUUUAUACGCGUUUAUUGUCGAUAUGGAGAAUCUUAGCUAUCUCAUGGACAUGAACAUAAACGUUAAGAAAAAGUCUAAUACGUGGAUUGAGACUGGAUUUCAUGGCAAUUAUACAUAUCGAGUCAAUGGGAAAAACCGAAAGGCGCAUUUUGUGAAAUUCGAUAUGAAAACACCUUUAGAAUUUCUUAAAACUUUCCAUACUAACGCAGUCGUAGCGAUUGAGGGCAAUUUGUACAAUGGUACACUUGCAAUUCAUGGAGACCAAUUGAUUUUGAACGUACACGGAAAUAUAAAGCUAGAACAGGCUUUGCUGGAUGGAAUGAUUUCAGUGGCGAUCGAUUCGCCCUUUAUGAAAAUACCUAAAACUACAAUUGGCGCAAAAAAGGAUUUUACUGGAGACAGAAAGCAAGUUAACUUCAACGCGAGGAUGGAAGAACCUGUAUCUAAACACGUGUCUUUUGAAUCUGCCUGGCAAGUAGACCAUCAUCUUGUAAAAGCUUCCGCAAAGUUGGAGAGCUGGAUAAAAGCUUUAGAAUCAUUGGAGACUGAUAUCCUCUAUAGCAAUGCAAUUCGCGUAAAUAAUACCGCCAAAUUAAAUGUACAUGUAACGCAUCUCAGCGAUCAAAAGUAUCAGCUAAUUGGAAACUUAAAUAACGGCAAGAUCGAUGCUGAUCUGUACACACCAUUGUCGAAGAGGCCUCAUUUUCAAUUUCUCGGUGACUUAAGGCAGAUCAAUGAAUCGUUAUAUGAUAUCAGGGGAGAAUUGAAGAAUGAAUUACAAGCGAAAUCUUAUGACGUCAGCUCUAUCAUCUUCAUACAAGAUGACACUAUUGAUUCGGUAGAUGUGAAGGCCGAGCCGAAGAGCGCUAACACUAAUCGACUGAUUUUGAGGCUGAAGAGAAAGAAAUACGGUCUUCUACUAGAUGUUGAUGGCGGUUCAUUUAACACUACCCUUGAUGCAAACGUGCUCAACAAUCUGAAUUGGGACGUGAGAGCUCGCACGGAUAUCAAAAAAGUUGCUGAAGUAGAUACAUAUCAAUUGAGCACCUUUAUGAACGUACAGGUGAACGGCAAUACUACUUUGUAUAUUCAUACCGAGACACCUUGGAACGACAGCAGAAUUCUAACAGUAAAAAGCAACAUGAUGCUGACGAACACAAGCGGCGAUGUCCGGGUAGAUCAACGUCUGAACGACGAUCGAUGUCACGCAACUAUGAGAUGGAAAUUGAUUUAUAUGGAGGACAUGCUUGUAAAACUGAUCACAGGAUAUGACACCACGGACUUAGGCAAAAAAGAAUUGUCCACUCAAGUGUUCUACAAAAAUCCUGGCCGAUUAUAUAGAAAUAUUGACAUGGGUUUUGAUCUGGACAUCGAUCGAAAAGCGUGGGAGUUUGAAACAAACGCGACUAUUGGUUUUCGCAAUCAGCAGAACAUCGACGCUGUGUUUGUCGUAAAGUUACCGCCCCCUAACAAUGAUGAUCAUCGAUUUCUGAUCAGCUAUCACACUAAUAAGGAUAUGCAGAAUAUUUCUUACGUGGUGGGCUACAACACUGUGCGAUCGAAGAGUAAUUACGCUUCCGAUGGAUCGAUUCGAAUGGCUACGCGGGACAUUAACGGGCACUUCCGGUUGACUUGGGGAUUGUCGCCCAUGCAAUCUCUCAAUAAUCUCUUUAACAUCACUUUUGAUAAGAAAGAGAUCGACCUCAAGUAUUCUCUGUACACGCCUCUAAUUCCGCAAGAAGAAACACUCGUGCUCCUCUUCAAUUACGACGCUAAUUCCGACAAACAAAAUUUGAUUAACGCCGAUCUUUAUUAUCCUUCAAGACGGCAGAUUGGUACCGCAAGAAUAAUCUACGAAAGUCUAAUUAAUGUCAACGGAUCCGUUAAUGCUACGAUGUUUAUGGAAAAUUUAUCAUACGUUGGCUGUAAUUUUGUUAUACUCACCACUCUGAAACAGAAUAAAAGAUUUGUCGAAAUUUUCUGGCCUAACAAUACGGCUUUAUUGAACUCCGAUUACAAUUAUCACAGCGAGCGAUUGGAUUCGAAUUUGGAGGGCAUCUUGCACGUAGAAAUUCCUUUGAAUGCCCGUCACGUCGGUAUUCUAAGCUACGGUUACAAGAAACGUCCACAAGUUACCACUGGCCACUCGACCUUGAUGUAUAAUGACCAGAAAGUAUUGCACACUCAAUAUAACUCAAAGAGCGAGUCCCGAGCCGGUUUCGACAAGGAUCGCAUUCAGAUCACAGUGGAGAACAUUUACAAGCCCAUAGGCAUCGUUUACGUGAACCAGUAUGAGUACAGUGGUGGAAACGAGGGUACCAACUAUCCCACUGUCGAGUUCAAACAGGUGAACAUUUAUCGAUUGGACAAUAGCUCAGCAUUCAAUAUUGCCGGCGAGUCUAGAAUCCGGACUACUCACACUGGCCAAAACAUUCACCUCAAGGCAAUGCAUGCUAACAAAACGGUCCAGUUGAAGACAGACUAUCAAAUUUUGUCCGGCGAGUUUGAUCAGAAUACUUGGCUGAGUCUCGCUGAGGACGCCUGGGUGUCUUACCAUGUGAACAUCCUGAAUAAAACUACCGAGGACGUAGACAAUCAGUUCAUUGUUCUCAGUUUUUGCUAUCCGCAACGAAACUUUACUCUGGGUGGCUUCUACAGGAUCACCAGCAACGAGAUAAAUUCUGAAGCGAAUUUACAAUGGGAACGUGACGACGAGAAGUUGAGGAACGUUGGAGUAGUUUUUGAUUGGACGAACGUCACCGAUACGUCAAUGGAGAUUGAACAGCAAGCCAUCUUGAGUUUUCAUCAUCCAACCUUCGAAAAAAACGUCACGCUAAAGGGUAUAUUAAUGAGAAAAGACCUCAGAGAUCUUCUAAACAUCGUUUUUACCGCGGAUUAUUCCAACAACGAGGACAAAUUAUUAACGUUGUCCGCGUUGUUCAGAGACGAGAGUGACGAAUCGAACAAAAAAUAUCUCUACAAAAUAGCCGGCAAACACAUUAGUACUAAAUUGGAUCUUGAUAUCGAAGGAUUUGUUUAUAAACGAGGAUACGUGCUAUUCGAAACUGUAAAUCAUGCUCGAUACACGCGCAGUUACAUGCCGAGUGAAACAGGAGAAUUGAUCGGUCGAAUUGACAGGAGAUCGAGAGAAAUAAUCUUUCGACGAGUGAACAACGAUGCGGUUAAAUAUUUCGCAAUCGGGUACUAUCCUGCACCUUCUCAAUACAUUGUAAAUGGCAGCGUUAUCAAUACACCGGAACUUAACGCUACCGGCGUUUUCUUUUUGGACUUGGAUGAGAAACUCACAUGGAUGAUGGUGAAUUACACACCCGAUGCGACUGUGAGCUUAAGAAUGCACGGCAACAUUCCAGAUGCUCGAAAUGCCAUAUUUAAUAUUUGGAGAACAUACGACGACGACUUAAAAAUUUCAGACGUUUCUUUUUAUCUGAAAUUAAACCACUCGAGACUGAUUACUUCAACCUUGCGAUGGCGACCCGAACUUAAGAGUGAUAUUAUUACCAUUAUAAAAACGACCUUUAAUAAUAUGUAUGAAAGCAUGGAUAAUGAUAUUGAUAAUUGGAAACAUUAUAUAAAGAAUGAAGUAAAAAGUACCAUCUUGGAUGUGUGGGAGGAUGCUCAUGAGGACAUUUCAGGAUUUCUUGAUGAUUGGAAUGAUUUAAAAAUUCUCGAGAGUGAUUUUGAAGAUCUCAAAACAUAUUUGAACAAUUCCUAUAACGCAAAUGACUUUUAUAUCAAAGAUAUCGUUGGUUUCGGUAUAUACGUCAUUGAUGAAUUAUCUCUGCGAAGUCAUAUUGAAUCCCUUCCUAACAUCCUAAACGAAAUCUGGGAAAUAAUGGGCGAGUCCGGUGAAGCUUUGCGAAAUUCGUUGCUAUGGUUGAUCGAGACCAUUAAAAAUACUUACAAUAAAUUAUCAGAGAUUGCGGCCGCAGUGCUGAGAGGCGAUUCAUUAUCGCAGGUAGCGAAUAUAAUCGAAAAAUUGAUCGAGAAAUACGAUAUAUUUAUCAAGGAUCUGCAUGUGUCCUUCAUCAAAUACAUCGAGAAUCUCUGGGACACCAUUUUUUCGUCCAUCUCAGACCAGUGGUAUCGCUUCUUGAAGUUAAUGGAACCUCUGUUUAUUCGUUUUGUCCAUUAUGUUGAGACGCUUGUCUGGAAAGCGAGCAAGGAGAUGCUGGACUUUUUGUAUGACCGUAAGCAAGAGCUCAUCGCAUCGCCAUACUUCGAUCGCUUCACCAAUUUCACUCAUGACAUCGACAAGGUCUACCGUGACAUAAAGGCGAACGAUAUAGUGACAAAUGUGCACAAAUACUCGGGUCUGAUGAUACAAUUCGUGAAGGAACGUUACUUUGCUUUCGUGCCAUUCGGCAAAGAGCUCAAGGAUGUCGUGGAUGAGAUCGUGUCGGAAUUGAAGGAGCUCCGGAAAUUGCCAUCAGUCAACUACUCUAUAGAGAAGUUAGAGCAACUAUACGACAGAAUCAGCUACUUCUGCGAGUACUUCGAUGUCAAGCUCAAAAUAGAGGGUUUCAUCAGGCUGGCGCACUCCAAGAUGGUGGACAUCAGUCAGACGGCAUUGCAAGCCGAGAGCCGCUACAGGGAGGCAAAGACCAUGUUUAUUUUCGAUCCUAACGAAGGCCUGAUGUGCUUGGAGCAGAAACUACCUAUGUCCUGGCAUUCCUUUAAUCAGACCCCCGAGUUCCAUGAGAUACCGGAGAUCCGUGCAAUCGCAGACGUUAAGACAUACUUUGUUACCUCAAACACUACCUUUUGGAGUCUUUACUAUCAAUACAAACCAUAUUCCGAGUUAACAAAUUGGUUACCGCCGUUCAAAGCACAAGCCAUGAUUAUCGGGUCCCAGCAUUAUAUUACCUUCGACGGACGCUACUUUGAGUUCGUAGGAAAUUGUACCUAUUUAUUAGCGAAGGAUUUCGUGCGUGACACUUUCGCAGUUUUGGUGAAAUAUGAUCAACAAGCUGAGGAAGUCACUCACAAGAUUAUAGUGAUAAUCGGAAGCAACGCUAUCGAGUUGGAUCUCUUCAAUGAUACGAUGAAGCUGAUCUCCCAGAAAUCAGCAGACGUCACGAGUAACCUGCAGUUGCCGAUUGAAUUGGACAACAGCACGUACGUUUAUCAAGUUGAGAAUGUAGUGAUGAUAGAGCGUAAACACAAUCAAUUCCGACUGGAGUGUAAUCUCAAGUUCGACCUGUGCACCUUGGAAUUAUCAGGCUGGUAUUACGGGAAGACAGCCGGUCUACUUGGCACGAUGAGCAACGAGCAAUUCGACGAUAUCUUGGGAUCGAACAAAUUGCUUCUAAAGGACACCGGUAGCCUCGCUCAUAGCUGGUCCAUCGACAAGAACUGCGUCGACACGAUGAAUUAUGCCAAUAAGACUCAACAGCAGGACGAUACGAUAUACACGUUCUGCGACGAGCUGUUCGUGAACAAAAGUUCAGAAUUCGGCGUCUGUUUCGGCGUGAUCGAUCCAGUCGAGUACAUCGACAUGUGCUUGAGUAGCCUCACCGAGACCGAGGUGUGCACGGUGGCGAUGUCGUACAUGCAGAUGUGCAUGUUCCGUGACACUUAUCUGCGGAUACCCGAUAGAUGUACCACGUGCACCAUGAUGGAUGGCAGCCAGGUGGCUGAGGGUCGUUUCAAACGCCUGGAGGACGAUAAAGUACCACGAUCGGCUGAUGUGGUGUUCAUCGUCGAGGCGAAGACCUGCAAUCGCGAUAUAAAGUUAAACAGCAGUAUGGAGCUACUGAUUACGCAACUUAGUAAGGAGUUGGACGAUCAAGGUCUUACGGGCAACCGAUGGUCCCUGGUAGUGUUCGGUGGCGACGGAGUAUAUGACAGACCUAGAAGUAUCAUCCUCGAUGGACAGAUCUUUACAAAGAACGUGCCGCGUUUUGUCGAUUAUUUCGACUAUGUGCCGAUCGGCAACGGCAGCCAAGACAUCUUCGCCGCAAUUGGCUUUGCCUCGCAGCUCGUCUUCAGAGCUGGUGUGUCAAAGACCUUCAUACUUAUACCGUGCUCGCAUUGUGAACCGGAGAAUCAAACGCUGGAGUAUUCCGUGUUACACCAAGUAUUACUAGAGCAUGCCAUCACUCUGCAUAUUCUGAUGGACGGUGACUUCGAAUUCGAGAAGGAGAAAAUCAGCAAGAUUUUCUAUGGCUUAGACGCGGCUAAGUCAUAUACGAAGAAGGAUUCCCGUGUGUUGAUCGGUGAUGUGGAUCUGAGAAGGCAGGCCAAACUCUCCAAGAACGUGCUGGGCUACUGCACACCGCUGUCCCUGGAGACGAACGGCACGAUAUUCAGCGGGGACAAGUUGCGCCUCGAGAAAUCAGCUGCGGUCAAGAAAUUCGCGAGUGUUUUCUCUAAGAGAAUCGCCCUCACAGCUGAGCCGAACAAAUGUCAGUUCUGCGAGUGCACCGCCGAUAAUAACGGCGCCACGCAGAUGGAAUGCAUGCCGUGUAUAUACCCAACGCCCGUACACGUAGAUUACGUGAGCGAGACUUUUGAACUCAACGAAUCGCUCUCGAUGAUGCCGCAGUUGGAUGACGUAGAUUAUGGCCAAAUUGAUAUAGAGAACGACUGAAAUAAUUAAGGAAAUGCAGCUAGAUAAUAUUAGAUGCUAGACAACUCGCUGGUAUUAGCCGUAUUUAUUUAUAAUAUACCUUGUAAUAUAGGUAAUAUACCUACCUCCCUUUCCAACCCAAGAUUUAUCUUACAAUAAAUUGGAGCAUUAAACGUGAUUCGUAUUAAGAA